AUGAGCUCCACGACGCCUGCAGACAAGUCCAACCCGAGUGACGCCAUCAGCCCGUUGCAAGACGCCAACAACAAUGUGAAGCGGAAGAGCGAGGAUGCGCCAGCCCAGCCCAGGGCGAAGCGCAACCGUUACAUCUCCAUUGCCUGCAAUGAGUGCAAACGCCGGAAGAUCAAAUGCAACGGCCAGACGCCCUGCCAGCGCUGCGGGAACCUCAACCUCGACUGCCAGUACUCGCCUAACUGCUGCAACAACUUCAAAGAGAGCGAAGAGUUCAAGCAGAUGUCAGCGCAUAUCAACUCGCUCCAGCAACAAGUAGACGAUCUGUUCCACAACAUCAGCGUCCUCCGAAGCCAAGUCGAAGUCCACAGCAAUGCCUCCAUGGGCACUCCCUUCACCCAGGAUUACCAACAGACACCUAUGCUGCCUCAUCCUUCGCGAUCGCAGUCCAAGUCAUCGAGCAAACACCGUCGCUUUCAUGGGCCAACGUCAAACGCAUUCAACGUCAGCGUUGCAAGAUCGAGUCUCAAAACCAUGGGCAUAAACCCAGGCGAGGAGGAAGACGACGAGGACUUCUUGACGCGCGAAGAGACACCAGGGGAAUCUCCUCCUGCAGCCAACUCUAUACCGCCAAAACGAUCAUUCCACGCCGACAAAGACCCGAUAUGGGCCAUCUCAAAGAGCGACGCUCUACGCCUGGUCCAUGUCUGGCACGACGAAGUAGCCGCCAUGUACCCAAUUCUGGGUGUGGACAAGUUGCUGCGCUAUACUGAAAUGCUAUUUACUUUUAUAGAGGCUGCCACUAGGUCGGGCUUCAUGCAACGUGCUCUUCCUGGCUCAGAUGCAAUGAUGGACGAGCAGAUCAGUACACUCAAGUUAGUCCUUGCAACGACCCUCGUAAUCGAAGGUAGGGGGAAGGAUCCAUUGGCAGAGAAGCUCUUCGCAAACGUGCAUAAUAUUGUUGAAAAAUCACUGUCUGAGCCUGCCAGUCUACAUAACAUAAACCUACUAGUCCUUGUUGCUAUGUAUCACUUUCACCACGAUGAAGAAGGGCUGGCUUGGCGAGUAAGUGGGCUGGCUUCGCGACAAUGUCUUGAAUUGGGCUUGCAUCGCCGGGACACGUAUGCGACUUUAUUUCCCAAUCCCGAGGAUCAAGCAUCGGCAAUCCGCAUGUUUUGGACGGUCUACGUUCUCGAUCGUCGCUGGAGCUUUGGGACCGGAAUGCCAUUCGCCUUACAAGAUGCGGACAUUGACAAUGUCCCCAAGCCUCCAUCAUCUCAAGAGUCUGGCCAAUAUCUCCACGCAAUGAUCUCGUACUCAAUAAUUAGUUCGAAAGUGUGGAAGUCGAUCACUGAUGUGGGCCAGCAAGACAAGAUUAACAAGGAAGAUAUAUCUUUCCUUGAUUUUCAAGUCCUGAAUUGGCAUCGCAGCAUUCCGGAUUCCUUAAGGUUUGUGCAUCCGGACAGUGGCAGACAAGUGGAGACUCCAUCGCGUCUAGUCCAGCGACUCCAAGUGGUACUGUACCUUCGGGCAAACCAGAUGCGAAUUCUCAUAUACAGACCAGUCUUGCACACAGCAACCACCAUUAUGGAGAAUUUGGAAUUUGCACAUGUUGUUGUCAAAGUGGCCAAGGACACAAUCCGGAUACUGACAUACCUCAACCAGACAUCUGAUAUUUACAGAAGUCAGCAGAUAACGUUUAACUACUUCCUCGUGUCAGCACUUGCAGUGCUGUUUCUUGCUGUGGCUCACGCGCCGGCCGAAUUUAACCAAGAAUGCCGAGACGAGUUUUACAUGGCGAUCGACCUUGUGCGAGGUCUCUCGUCAAACUCGUACGUCUCGAGGCGGUUAUGGAAGACGAUCAAGACGAUCAAGGAAGUUGGGCCACGUCUCGGGCUUGCCGUACGCAACGAGGAAAUUCACGACGCACACUCGUCUGCUGCAGUGGCUAUGGCAGGUUUAGCAGGCCACUCGAUGGACGAACUAGCACUGUUCUCCAAUGGCCACAACAGCACCAUGCUGGAUACACCCCACGGAAUGGCGAGUGACCUCACAACUCUAUUUGAGGCGGCUGGCGGGAUUUUCAAUCUACAAGGAUUUGGGGGGUCGUCGAAUGACAUUGCAAAUGGCAAUGGAGAGUUUGUGAGUGGGUUUGGGCAGGAGAAUGACGAGUUGGCGCGUAUCAUGAGGGAUUUGUUCUGA